AUGGGGUCCAACGAAAGAGAUAUUUACACACAGCUAGCUAGAUUCUAUUGUCCCGAAGUUGACAUUGAUGACUUUGGGAUAGGUCCAACGCCUUCAUCUGCAAAGUUCCCAAGAUUCGUUGUAAGCUCUGAGCAUGGCUUGCUUGCGUUGAAGCCACAAAGCUAUACUGCUGCGAGCUAUCAAUUUGCAAGCCAAGCUCCCAUUCGAGUCCACACGGAUUUAUUACUGAAGCGGAUACGGGAGUUCACUUUGGUGGAGCCGAUAGCCACUUUAGAGCAGGUCAACUCGAAUAGAUUCUUAGUGGGGACAGCGUCACACUCUGUAAUAGAAUUUAACACCGACCUACAGAAGGCUUCUAUCUUUCACCAACUACACAGCAACAGGAUUUCCGUUCUGCAUUCGUUUCGUGCACAGGGAACACAAAGUACAGAUCGGCCAACACAUUUCCUUAGUGGCUCUGAUGAUCAUCUAAUCAAGCUGAACUUAUAUGAAAGAGCUAUGACUGUGCAAACCUUCGUAGGCAGUGCUACUGGAAUUACUUCCAUUUCAUAUGAGCCCCAGAAUGACAUUUUCAUCAGUGCAAACAGAAGCGGCCAAGUGCACAUGUGGUCACAGAAAGCCCAGAGACCCCUCUGUCUAUACUCUUGCGAAAACGCCGGGUCUACCUUCCCUGUUGCACUGGCUCGAUUCACCCCCAAUCCUAGCUACUUUGUGUCGGCCAGUGGCACGUUCCUGUCUCUGUGGGACCUUAGAUACAAUUGUCGCCCGGUGACUAGUGCCAAUAUGCUGCCGUCUUGUGCAGAGAGUCUAGUACUUUUGAAUACAGCCUUAGACGCUGCUAGCUACCUGGAGAUACAAGCUAAAAUACACUCUACUUCGUGUGAAUGGGCAAUCCUCACAAGUAAGGGGUUGUUCCGGAUAGCCUUAGAUGAUACCUUUCGUGUUAUAGAGUGUGCAGAUGAGUUCUCAGUGUCGACUAUAUGUGAUAUCUUAGCCUGCAAUCUGCUUCCAAAUCGAUCCGAGUCACCAAAGAGCACGCCAUGUCUACUAACUAUUGGUCGUGGACAGUCAAAGGGAUCUGCUGGUGCUAAUGAGGACGCUCUUCCCUUGAGUGUGGUGAGCCAAAAGGACUAUAGACAACGUUUAAGUUACAUUUACAAAAGACCUCACAAAAUCGGCCGAAACGCUCGGGCCGUAUAUCUCAAGCCAAACGUUUUGGAACUAGAAAAUCAGGGACUGGUGUUAGUGUCUAGUGAUAGCACUACGCUUCAUCUUUACCGCAUGGGAGUCCGAGCAGUGCAAGAUAGGAAUCAUAAAAACCAACAAUCUAAGGCUGAAAAUAAAAAUCUUAAUGAAUAA